GCCGUUCCAAUCUGAGUGUGGUUAAUAAGUGUGAGCAUGGGGAGGGAAGGGGAGGUGUAGGGACUGAAGUUCACUCACAAAGUGUGAGGAAGAAAGGGCUACAGAGAACUUGACAUUGCCCUGCCGUGGAGUCCAAGAAUCAGGUAUUCCCCAGGAGCUGAAGCUGGCACCAUGCCACAAGUUCAAGUCAAAUCUCAGAUUCCAAAAGUCCUCAAUAAAACAACCCCUGGUCUACAGAUAUGGAGGGUGGAGAACAUGGAGAUGGUGCCUUUCCCCUCAAAAGCAUAUGGCCACUUCUAUGAGGGAGACAGCUAUGUGAUACUCUAUACGCAUAAGACCAGCGGGGCUUACUCCUAUGACAUCCAUUACUGGCUGGGCAAGAACACCUCUCAGGAUGAGCAAGGGGCAGCCGCCAUCUACACCACCCUGAUGGACGACCACCUGGGAGGUGUGGCCGUGCAGCACCGCGAGACGCAGGGCUACGAGAGCGCCACCUUUCGAGGAUACUUCAAGCAGGGCAUCAUCUACAAGAAGGGAGGGGUGGCGUCUGGAUUGAAACAGGUUGAGACUAACACGUACAACAUCCGCCGACUGCUGCAUGUCAAGGGGAAGAAGAAUGUUGUGGCUGGAGAGGUGGACCUAAGCUGGAACAGUUUCAACAAGGGCGACGUGUUCCUGCUGGACAUGGGGAGCCUGAUCAUUCAGUGGAAUGGACCGAAGAGCAACCAUAUGGAGAGACUGAAGGGGGUGAAUCUGGCCAAGGACAUCCGUGACCGGGAGAGAGGAGGCCGAGCACAGGUUACUGUGGUGGAUGGAGAUGACGAGAAGUCCUCCGAGGAGGCCAUGAAACUCAUGAAACAGGUCCUGGGGGAGAGGAGGGACAUCAAAGACCCCAUACCCGACACCGUGGUGGAUGAGAAACUCAAAUCCAGCAUCAAGCUCUUUCACAUUUCAGAUGCACAGGGGAACCUGGUGGUUCAGGAGGUGGCUGUGAAACCCCUGACACAGGACCUGCUAAGGCAUGAGGACUGCUAUCUGCUGGACCAGGGUGGGAUAAGGAUCUUCAUCUGGAAAGGGAAGAUGGCCUCCAAGACAGAGAGGUCUGAGUCUCUGAAUAAAGCAGAGGCCUACAAGAGGGCUAAAGGCUACCCUCAGUCCACUUAUGUCGAGACCGUGAAUGAUGGGGCCGAGUCCGCCAUAUUCAAACAGCUUUUCCAGAAGUGGACGGUGAAGAACCAGACUACGGGGCUUGGGGUAACACACAGCCCUGGGAAAAUUGCCAAGGUUGAACAGAUCAAAUUUGAUGCCACAUCCAUGCAUGCCAGACCUGACCUGGCCGCAAAGCAGAAAAUGGUGGACGAUGGAACCGGUGAAGCACAGGUAUGGAGGAUCGAGGAUAGUGAGCUGGUUCCAGUGGACAGAAGGUGGCUGGGCCACUUCUACGGUGGAGACUGCUACCUCAUCCUCUACGAAUAUGAAGUCAGCAACAAAAAGCACUACAUACUGUACAUGUGGCAGGGCCGUCACGCCAGCACUGCAGAGCUGGCCGCCUGUGCAUACCAAGCUGUGGCCCUGGACCAGAAGUACAAUGGGGAGCCUGUCCAGGUGCGAGUGCCUAUGGGCAAAGAACCUAUGCAUCUCAUGGCCAUUUUCAAGGGCAGGAUGGUCGUGUAUGAGGAAGGAAGUUCCAGAGAAAACUCCUCUCAUGCCAAGCCAGCCGUGCGGCUCUUCCACAUUCACGGCAGCAACGAGUUCAACACCAGCGCCAUCGAGGUGCCAGCUCGCUCGUCCAGCCUCAACUCCAAUGAUGUGUUUGUGCUCAAGACUGAGAACUGCUGUUAUCUGUGGUGCGGAAAGGGAUGCAGUGGGGAUGAGAGGGAGAUGGGAAAAUCUCUGGCGGAUAUCAUCUCCAAAAGGGAAAAGCUUGUCAUUGCAGAGGGCCAGGAACCAGCUGACUUCUGGGUGAACCUUGGAGGGAAAUCCCAAUACGCCAGCAGUAAGAGACUACAGGAGGAGCACGACAACAUCACCCCACGCCUCUUUGAGUGCUCCACCCAGACUGGCACGUUUGUUGCCACAGAGAUCACAAACUUCAACCAAGAUGACCUGGAUGAGGAGGAUGUCAUGCUGCUGGAUAUCUGGGAUCAGAUAUACCUGUGGAUUGGGAAAGGUGCCAAUGAGAAGGAGAAGCAGGAAGCAGUCGUCACUGCUCAAGAAUACCUGCGCAGCCACCCAGCUGGACGUGAUGUAAACACACCAAUCCUGAUGGUCAAGCAGAGUUUUGAGCCUCCCACCUUCACUGGCUGGUUCCAUGCCUGGGAUCCUCACAAGUGGAGUGAUGGAAAGUCAUAUAUGCAGUUGAAGUCUGAGCUCGGAGACGCAACUAACAUCAUCCAGAUUUCAAUGGAGAUGACCAACAGCAACAACUUCAACAGCACCAACAAAAAGGAAUCUUCUGUUAGCAUGGUUCCUACCACGAGGCCCGCCUUUCCUGCAGACAAGCUGAUUAACUGUCUGGCUGAGGACCUGCCUGAGGGGGUGGAUCCCACGAAAAAGGAGGAAUACCUUUCAAAUGAAGACUUUACUUUGAUCCUGGGCAUGGCUCGCAUGGACUUUUACUCCAUGCCCGAUUGGAAGCAGCAGAAUCUUAAGAAGAACAAGGGCUUGUUUUAGAGAGACACACACUGUGAUGAGCACUCCUCAACAUCACUCUUACUGAUGUCUAACAUGAAUCUUUACUUUGUAAUUUUGUUUUGCAGACCAGCUGAUUAAUUGGAAUCACAUUAUUUAUGUACCUACUCUUUAGCAGAAAAUAUGUAAUCAUACAUGUAAUUCCAUUAGUUCCAUCUAGUCUGACAUGCAGCUAUGUUGCCAUUUUGAUAUGCCACUUAAACUCCUCUUUCCGUCACAUUUGGUGGUAUGGAGACUUUGUUCUAAAUACCUUUAACAAGUAGAUUUAUAAUGUUAAUGUAUUGUUUGAUUUUUUUAUUGUAGGAAUUUUGUUAAUUACAAACUAAGUAUAAGAA